AAUAAUAAAAUAUCUAAAAACUUCUAUCGGCAACAGACUCCCUUAAUAUUCCUUCGUUUCCCCUUGAUAGAAGUGAAAAACCCCAACCAACUCCAAUACAAUAGAGUAAUAAUUAAUAACGACAUUUCCAUGCCCAUCAUCUCUCCCUCUCCCUCAUGCCAAACUCAAAUCUCCACAAUGUUCAUCACCCUAAGAACGUCACCGUCUCUCUUUCACCGAUACAGCCUCCAUUUCCGCUCCUCUAAUUCCUCGAAAUACAAAUACCGCUGCCUUCUUGACCAAAUUGCCCCCGUUUCCGCCAACGUCAUCGCUGCCGCCGUCGCCUCCUCUGGUUCUGGCUACCUCCAUGGUGCAGUUACCUCUGCAAUAACUCACGUAGCUGUUACCGCCGUCGCUAUUGCCUCCGGCGCUUGCCUUUCCACCAGGGUGGAUUUUUUAUGGCCCAAAGUAGAAGAACAACCUGGUUGUUUUAUAGUGGAUGGGGUUGAUGUGACUGGGUACCCGAUAUUUAAUGAGGCCAAGGUGGUUAAGGCUAUUGCAUUUGCUAAGAAAGCUCACCAUGGCCAGUUUCGCAAAACUGGAGACCCUUAUUUCACUCACUGUAUCCAUACUGCUAGAAUCUUGGCUAUGUUGGUUCCAUCUACUGGCAAACGAGCCAUCGACACCCUUGUUGCUGGGAUUCUCCAUGAUGUGGUUGAAGAUACAAGCGAGAGUUUACUCAGUAUAGAAGAAAACUUUGGUGAGGAUGUAGCAAAGUUAGUAGCUGGUGUUUCCAAAAUUAGUUACAUAAAUCAGCUGCUAAGGAGACAUCGUAGGCUAAAUGUGAACCAGGGUACCCUUGGUCAUGAUGAGGCAAAUAAUUUACGAGUGAUGCUCUUGGGCAUGGUUAAUGAUCCACGUGUGGUGCUCAUCAAGCUUGCAGAUCGUCUUCACAACAUGAGAACCAUUUAUGCCUUGCAACCUUUAAAGGCUCGAGCUUUAGCUGAAGAGACCUUGCUUAUUUGGUGCUCACUUGCUUCCAGACUGGGUUUGUGGGCAUUGAAAGCAGAGCUGGAAGAUUUAUGUUUUGCAGUUCUUCAGCCACAGCUAUUUCAAAAAAUGCGGGCUGACCUAUCUUCCAUGUGGAGCUCUAGAAAUAGACCUGGAUAUCUGAGAAGAAUUAUAGCUUGGAAUGAGAAAAAUUCAAUUCUUGGUUGUGAAAAUUCCGUGACAAUUGACAAAGAUGUCUCGACCAUGAAGGAUCUUUUAGAAGCUGUAGUGCCUUUUGAUAUCUUGCUAGAUCGAAGAAAACGGUCUAAAUUUCUUAAUGAUCUUGGCCUAACAUCAGAGACUCAAACACAACCCAAGGUUGUGCAGGAUGCUGGAAUUGCUUUAGCAUCUCUUGCUGUUUGCGAGGAAAUGCUGGAGCGGGAGCUAUUUAUAUCAACUUCUUAUGUUCCUGGAAUGGAAGUAACUUUAUCUAGCAGACUGAAAAGCUUGUAUAGCAUCUAUAGCAAGAUGAAACGGAAAGAUGUUAGCAUCAAUAAAGUAUAUGAUGCCCGUGCUUUGAGAGUGGUUGUUGGAGACAAAAAUGGAACUUUGCAUGGACCUGCUAUUCAGUGUUGCUACAGUCUUCUUGACAUUGUGCAUAGGCUUUGGACUCCAAUAGAUGGUGAACUUGAUGAUUACAUUAUUAAUCCAAAGCCUAGUGGUUAUCAGUCUCUACAUACUGCAGUACAAGGCCCCGAUAAUGCACCUUUGGAAGUCCAAAUAAGAACACAGAAAAUGCACGAGUAUGCUGAACAUGGACUUGCUGCUCACUGGCUUUACAAAGAAACUGGAAACACGUUGUCUUCCAUUGGAAGUACUGAUGAAUCUGAAACUGAAGCAUCCUCAUAUCUUUCCAAAGAUAUUGAUGAUCAAACUUCCAUGGAAGAUGAUCAGUUUCAAAAGUACAGAUCCCUCAAAGCAGGACAUCCUGUCCUUAGAGUGGAAAGAAGUCACUUACUUGCUGCUGUUAUAAUCAGAGUAGAAAAGGGUGGAAGAGAAUUGCUUGUUGCUGUUAGCUUUGGAUUGGCAGCUUCUGAAGCAGUAGCUGAUAGAAGAUCUUCUUUUCAAAUAAAGCAAUGGGAAGCUUAUGCAAGAUUAUAUAAGAAGGUAUCUGACGAGUGGUGGUGUGAGCCAGGACAUGGUGAUUGGUGUACUUGCCUUGAAAAAUAUACAUUUUGUCGUGAUGGUAUGUACCACAAGGGAAAAGCUUGUUAAGAGCUAGAAGUUAGGCCAAAGACUUAAAGACAGGUGUGUUGGAGUGUGGAGCGGGUCUGUUAUUUGGUGUCAAUUUUUAUUGGUUAUUUAUUAUAACUUUUACUUUUUCUCAAGGAGUUGACCUUUUGUUGUUAUUGUUUAUGGAAAUAUGUAUUGUAUAUGAGAACUAGAUUAUUACCCUAAGGACUAAACGAUGUGGGUUUCUUGAUCACUUGGUCAAGUAACCUUUAAUGAAGUUGAAAUAUAACUCAAAAAGUUGAAAAACUAGGUUUUAUAAAAUAAUGAUAUAGAGGUAAACCCGGUACAUGAGAACCAAAAGUAUUGGAAUAAACUUGGACUCAGAUAUAACUCUAUACCUAACAACUCGAAGUAUGCAAAUGAUGCCACGAAACCAGUUAAUUUUCAAUAAGAUGGUUGUACGGGUUUUUUUUUUUGAGAAGGAUGUUCUACCAUAAACAAUCAAAAGGAAGAAACUUGCGUUUAUUAUCAUUAAGUUGCUGAAAUUUAUGACUCCAAAAACAUUAUAUAGUCUCAUCUAAAUGACCCUAAUGCAUCAUUUUUAGAUUAGAAGCCAAUGGGCCCAAUCUAAGGAUUAACUACCAAAGUCCAAUAAUGAAGUAAACCCUGAACAAUAUUUAAUGUGCCAUAACUAAUCCAAAUUAAAAAUAAUUGUUCAACUUAAAAUAAAAAAAAUAGGAUAAUAAAAAUAAAGUCUUCAUGCUAGAAUUUCUCCAUGUAGCUAAAAUCUCAAGCUCUCCUGAGUGGUGUUUUGGUCGAAACUUUUAGUGUUAGGAAUUCAUUCAACUAGGAAACUUUAUUUUGAUUGCUAUAAUUUUCUUUCUUAUAUUGCCCAUUUUUAGUCUUGUUGAUGUGCUAAGAAUACCUGCAAAAUAAGAAAAAAAAAAAAACCCAAGAAAAAGAUCUUCUUAGAUGCCAUCACAUCAACUCCAUGUGGGAUUUGAAAUCCUUGCAAAGCAUGAACUCCAUUUAUUCAAUGAAUCUAGACCAUAGUAGGAAUCCUUGUAGCCCAAGUUUAUGCAUAAGUUUAGGGUCUAAAUAAGUAUCAUUUAAUCUGCAUUUGUUGUUCAAAAUUAAACCAUUACACAUCUUGAUUGAUUGGGCUGAAAAUAGUCAAAAAAGAACAUUUUGUCGACGAAUAUGCCAAAACAGUAACAAUAAUUUUGACCAAUUUAAAUAAUAUGUUUUGAACUUUGAUUGACUUGAAACUUUACCACAAUGUAGUUUCAUGUGUCUAGUAUUUCUCUGUAAAAUUUCAGCUUGCUUUCAUAUAUGGUUUGAGAGAUAUGCUCGAUUUCGUAAAACUAGUCAGUAGACAUUUCAAGUCAAAAUUCGGACUUAACCUUGUUUGUAUCAUCACCUCUCUCUUCAAAAGGAUUCUUUCUUGAAUCUAUAACAUGAAGAUCAUCUCUUGAAGAAAACAAAUGAGUUUCAAGCUGAAAAAUAGCAUCAUCAUUAAAGUUCGGAAGAACUUUGUUAGCAAAGAAGAUCUCUUUGAUAUACAAGCGUCUCCCUCAUAUACUAGCUCAUUUUCAGCCAUCUUUUCCUUUAAUUUCAGCCAUCUUUAUCUUCAAUUUCAGUUGCUGAUUAAAUAUUUGCCUAGGUGUCAAAGUUGCAAGAGUUUAGGCCUUCCAUCUAUCUCAAAUGAAUAUUUGUUAAUCCAUCAUUCAUAACUCUUCUAUUAUACUGUCAUGGUCUACCAAGCAACAAAUGACUAUCUUGUAUUAACAACAUUUCAUAUAACACUUCAUCAUAAUAUUUACCAAUUUAAAAAACAACUAAAAUCUGCUUAUUCACGUUCACCUCACCACUAUUAUUCUAUCACUGUAAUUUAUAAGGCAUGUAAUAUUUGUUAUUGUGCAAGUUUAACAUUUUUACUAAUUUAGUACUGGUUACAUUAGUGCAACUACCACCUUUUAAAAUUAAGUUAUAUACCUUAUUCUGAACGUGACAUCUUGUGUGGAAUAUAUUCUCUCUCUGAUUUUUCAAAUCAUCCACCUUGACAUGCAUAUUCAGUGCUCUCAUCAUCACAAGUGUUUCCCUAAACCUUAUACUCAACACAAACAUCAUCUGCGUCUUCUAAUGGUGAUAUCUUUUCCUCUUCAUCCUCCCCAUCAGUCUCAACCUUAUUAUUGGUUUUCAUAAUCAUGACUCUUUUGUCUAGAUAUUGUGAAGCAACAUGAUCUAAACCCAAAUAAUGAAAGCAUUUAAUAUCAUGGUUACGAGAAGUAGAAGUAUCAUUGUUACCUUUACCAGUGCCUAAGAUGUCUUUCUUCUCUCUUGUGUAUUCGAUUUUUACCCUCAUCAUUCGGCUGUGAUGGACCAGCCCUGAUGUUAGCCUUGCAAUUAGGUUUUCAAGUUGUUGAAGGGCUUAAUCAUUGGCUUUGCUGAAUGGUACCUUUCUGUUUAAGUUGUCUCUUCACCUUCAUGACCAUAUGAACCAUUUCCUCCGACUCCACAUAAUGAUGCAAUUCCACAAUAUGAGUUAUAUCAUUAUUAAUUCCAUUCAUGAAUCUAGCCAUGGUAGCCUUUCUAUCUUCCUCAACAUUAAUCCGAAUCAUAACAAGUUUUAUCUCUUUAAAGUACUAAUCAACAAUCUUUGAUACAACUCUUUAUAGUAAUGGCUAGGCAUAAAUGUCAUCCUAAUCCAUCUUAUUCUAAGUAUCAAUUUGCCUCUUUUAAUUCUUCUUAUGGUUUGUCACCAACUAAUCUCACAACACAAUGACAUAGUCAUUAUAAACAAUCACAACAAAAUUGAUUUUCUUGAGCUUCAAAUAAUCAUGAUAGAAAAAAAAAAAAUCCAUUCCACUUUCUUCCACUCUAAAUAAGCUCCCAUAUCAUUCUUUCUCUAAAAAACCAAUAUUUUCAACUUUAUUGUAUCAAAAUCUUCACCAAACUCAAUAUUAUGGUCACCAUACCUGUAAUUACUUCUUUGGUAGAAAUUAUCAUCAUAUCUAUCAUCUUCAUACUAAUAAUUCCGCUGCUGUCCAAACUGUUCCCAUGGCCCAAUGACAUAUUAUCAAAAUCAAUAUCACUCAUGUCCAUAGUAUGAGCUCCAAACUCAUCCACAUUGGUGCUAACUCAUCUAACAACCCUUAUAAUAUUAAAUUCUCUUUGCUCAAGUCUAUUUUGAACCUCAUCUUGAUCAUUAGCACACUGCCUUUCCAACCUAGACAACCUAUCUCCAAAUUUAUUGGCUUUUUGAUCCAUUUAUUGAUUCAUAAUUCGCAGUUGAUUUCCAAUCUUAUUUUCUUUUCUCUGUGGUGCCAUGUUAUUGCUUGACUUAGACAUCUUUGAAUAAAAAAAUGCUGGUUAGUUGACAA